UUAAUGUCAGACUGUGACGCCAUGGGAAACGCAGAGAGCCAGAGUGUAGAGCAUGCCUUCUAUGGAGACAAGCACACCAGCCUGGGCCGCAAGCACACCUCCCGCUCUCUUCGCCUCUCCAAUAAAGCCUCUCGCCGGACGCGACACGCUUCUUCUGGAAAAAUUAUCCACCGUAACUCAGAAGUGAGCACCCGCUCCAGCAGCACCCCCAGCAUCCCCCAGUCCCUGGCAGAGAAUGGCCUGGAGCCCUUUGCCCAGGAGGCCAACCUAGAGGACUUUGGAAGCCCAAUCUGGGUGGACCGUGUGGACAUGGGAUUGCGUCCUGUUUCCUACCACACUGACUCCUCCAUCACUCCAAGCGUGGACAGCAGCACUGUCCUCACUGCUGCCUCUGUCCAGAGCAUGCCUGACUCAGAGGAGAGCAGGCUCUAUGGGGAUGAGCCACCAUUCCUUGUGGAGGGUGACAGGAGGUCACAUCGAUAUGCAGCCAACGGGACAAACUUCAUGGAGACAGCCAGCUUCAAGAAGAAGCGUUCCAAAUCGGCUGACAUCUGGCGUGAGGACAGCCUGGAGUUUUCGCUUUCUGACCUCAGCCAGGAGCAUUUAACAAGCAAUGAGGAAAUCCUGGGCUUGGCUGAGGAAAAGGAUGCUGAGGCCACUAGGGGGACGGAGGCCAGUGACAGCCCCCAGCCACUGGUCACCUGCCAGCGUGCCAACUCUAUGAGCGACUUGUAUUCCCCCAAGCCCCCCAGUGCUACCAUCAACGGAGGCCCACGAAAUGCCUUUGGAGGGUACUGCCGGAAUUUAGUGUCCGACAUCCCGGAUAUCGGAAGCCAUAAGAUGGCAUCAGUGACUGCUGAGGACACGCCUUCCUACAGUAAUUACAAUACACUGCCCUGUAGGAAAUCCCACUGCCUUUCCGAAGGGGCCACCAACCCACAAAUCAGCCACAGUAACAGCAUGCAAGGCAGAAGGGCAAAAACUACUCAGGAUGUCAACGCAGGUGAGGGGAGUGAGUUCACUGACAGUGGUAUCGAAGGAGCAGCCACGGACACCGACCUCCUUUCUAGACGAUCCAAUGCUACCAACUCAAGCUACUCCCCAACGACCAGUCGGGCUUUCAUUGGCAGUGACAGCGGGAGCAGCUCCACAGGCGAUGGAAUUCGCCAGGGGGUGUACGAGAACUUCCGCCGGGAGCUCGAGAUGAGCACCACCAACAGCGAGAACCUGGAGGAGGCUGGCUCUGCUCUCAGUGAUGAGCAGAGCAGUGGCACCCUUAGCUCCCCAGGGCAGUCAGACAUCCUCCUGACAGCUGCUCAGGGCACAGUACGGAAAGCUGGUGCUCUGGCAGUGAAAAACUUCUUGGUGCACAAAAAGAACAAGAAAGUGGAGUCGGCGACACGGAGAAAAUGGAAGCACUACUGGGUUUCCCUGAAAGGAUGCACGUUGUUUUUUUAUGAGACUGAUGGCAGAUCUGGCAUUGACCACAACAGCAUCCCAAAGCAUGCAGUCUGGGUGGAAAACAGCAUAGUGCAAGCUGUGCCUGAACACCCCAAGAAGGACUUUGUCUUCUGUCUCAGCAACUCCCUUGGGGAUGCUUUCCUCUUUCAGACCUCUAGCCAAACUGAACUGGAGAACUGGAUCACGGCAAUCCAUUCAGCUUGUGCAACAGCGGUGGCAAGGCAGCAUCACAAAGAGGACACUGUCAAGCUUCUGAAAACAGAGAUAAAAAAGCUGGAGCAGAAGAUUGAUAUGGACGAGAAGAUGAAGAAAAUGGGUGAAAUGCAACUGUCCUCAGUUACAGAUUCCAAAAAGAAGAAGACCAUACUGGAUCAAAUCUUUGUUUGGGAACAAAAUCUUGAGCAGUUCCAGAUGGACCUAUUUCGGUACCGCUGUUACUUGGCUAGUCUCCAAGGAGGGGAGCUCCCAAACCCUAAAAGACUGCUUGCUUUUGCCAGCCGUCCAACAAAAGUUGCAAUGGGCCGCCUUGGAAUCUUUUCAGUCUCCUCGUUUCAUGCACUGGUGGCAGCUCGCACAGGGGAGUCGGGAGUGAGGAGAAGGACACAGGCCAUGUCCAGAUCUGCCAGUAAACGGAGAAGCAGGUUUUCUUCUCUUUGGGGGCUGGACACUACCUCAAAGAAAAAGCAAGGGAGGCCAAGCAUUAAUCAGGUAUUUGGUGAAGGCGCUGAUUCAGUAAAGAAGUCUCUUGAAGGAAUCUUUGAUGAUACAGUCCCAGACGGCAAGAGGGAAAAAGAAGUGGCACUGAGCAGUGUCCAUCAGCACAACGCCGACUGUGAUAUUUGGGUUCAUGAGUAUUUUACGCCAUCUUGGUUCUGCCUGCCGAACAACCAGCCUGCCCUGACAGUCAUCCGUCCUGGGGACACCACACGAGAUGUCCUGGAAACUAUUUGCAAGACACACCAGCUGGAUUACUCUGCUCACUACCUGCGUCUUAAAUUCCUGAUUGAAAACCAGAUCCAAUUUUAUGUACCAAAGCCAGAAGAGGAUAUCUAUGAACUGCUGUACAAAGAAAUAGAAAUCUGUCAGAAAAUUACACAGCAGAUUCAAAUAGAGAAGUCCGAUGCAUCCUCAGAUAUUUAUGGUUUCUCUCUGUCAUCUGUGGAAGAAGACGGGAUUCGUCGCCUGUAUGUGAACAGCGUCAAAGAGACAGGCCUAGCUUUCAAGAAAGGCCUGAAAGCCGGUGAUGAAAUCGUGGAGAUUAACAAGAAAGCUGCUGAGGAUCUGGAUUCAGCUUUGCUGAAAGAUGCUCUUGUUCAGCCUUCACUGUGUCUUACCGUGCGCACCUAUCCUGAGAUAGAGGAAGGGCAGAAACUGAUGCAGUCACCACCACGGCGUUUGGAAAACCUGUCUGAUUUGAGUGACAGCACACUGGCGUUUGCUGGAAGCAACCAAGGGCACUUGCUUUGUGGCGACCCGGACAGCUCUGUUGAGACAGCUCCUGAGGAGGCAGAAGCGCAAGACUUGGAGUCAUCUGAUGAAGCUGAUAAGAUGAGCAAGAGUACAGAGCAGGUCGCUGCUUUCUGUCGCAGUCUGCAUGAAAUGAACCCUUCUGAUUCAAGUGCUCAUCCUCAGGAAUUUACAGGACCCCAGCUGGCCACCAUGAGACAACUCACAGAUGCAGAUAAACUGCGAAAGGUUAUCUGUGAACUUCUUGAGACAGAGCGCACCUAUGUCAAAGACUUAAAUUGUUUAAUGGAGAGAUACCUGAAGCCUCUACAAAAAGAAACAUUCCUCACACCAGAUGAGCUGGAUGUUCUCUUUGGGAAUCUGACUGAAAUGGUAGCAUUCCAGGUAGAGUUCCUGAAGACUCUCGAAGAUGGAGUAAGGCUGGUUCCAGACCUGGAAAAGCUUGAAAAGGUUGAGCAGUUUAAGAAAGUGUUGUUUUCCUUGGGUGGAUCCUUUCUUUACUAUGCUGACCGGUUCAAGCUGUACAGUGCCUUCUGUGCCAGCCACACAAAAGUCCCCAAAGUCCUGGUGAAAGCCAAGACAGACACUGCUUUCAAAGCAUUUCUGGAUGCUCAGAAUCCCCGGCGGCAGCACUCCUCCACACUGGAGUCUUACCUCAUCAAACCUAUCCAGCGGAUACUGAAAUACCCUCUCCUGCUGAAGGAGCUCUUUGCUCUGACUGAUGUAGACAGUGAAGAACAUUAUCACCUUGAUGUGGCCAUAAAAACAAUGAACAAAGUUGCCAGCCACAUUAAUGAAAUGCAGAAAAUCCAUGAAGAAUAUGGGGCAGUGUUUGACCAGCUCAUAGCAGAACAAACAGGGGAGAAAAAAGAGGUUGCAGACCUAUCGAUGGGGGACUUGCUUUUGCAUAAUACAGUGAUAUGGCUGAAUCCUCCUGCUUCACUGGGGAAAUGGAAGAAGGAACCUGAGCUGGCAGCAUUUGUGUUCAAAACUGCUGUGGUCCUUGUAUACAAAGACGGUUCCAAACAGAAGAAAAAACUUGGAGGAUCACAUAGAGCUUCAAUUUAUGAAGACUGGGAUCCGUUCCGCUUUCGCCACAUGAUACCUUUAGAAGCACUACAGGUUCGAGCGCUGGCAAGUGCAGAUGCAGAGACCAAUUCUGUAUGUGAGAUUGUCCAUGUUAAAUCUGAGUCUGAAGGCAGGCCAGAAAGAACUUUUCACCUUUGCUGUAGUUCACCAGAACACAGGAAGGACUUUCUGAAGGCAGUGCACUCAAUUCUGCGGGAUAAACACAGAAGACAGCUUCUUAAAACCGAAAGUUUGCCCUCAUCCCAGCAAUAUGUUCCUUUUGGUGGAAAAAGAUUGUGUGCUCUAAAAGGUGCAAGGCCAGCCAUGAACAGGGCAGUGUCAGCCCCAAGCAAGUCUCUUGGGAGGAGGAGGCGGCGGCUGGCCCGAAACAGGUUUACCAUUGACUCAGAUGCCGUCUACACAAGCAGCCCUGAAAAAGAGCCCCAGCAGCCCACACACAGUGGGGACACUGACCGCUGGGUAGAGGAACAGUUUGACCUUGCUCAGUACGAGGAGCAGGAGGACAUCAAGGAAACGGACAUCCUCAGUGAUGACGAUGAGUACUGCGAGGCCAUGAGAGGUGCCAUGGCUGACCAAGAUCUCCAGGAGCGACUGCAGGCAGCCUCCAUCACAAGCAGCCAGCCAUGCCGAGGAGACUGCCCACGCCCAGCCAUGGACACGCAUGCCUCCAGGAUGACCCAGCUGAAGAAGCAGGCAGCCUUCUCUGGCAUCAACGGUGACGUGGAGGGCCACGGCGAGGAGGUCAUCUGGGUUAGACGGGAAGACUUUGUCCCCAGCAGGAAACUGAACACAGAGCUCUAA